CCGUCAGAGACCGAUGACUGGUUUGUUCCGUGUUGUAGUCAUCAUGAGAGAUAGAUCGUGAACUAAAGACGUUCGUGGAACAGUGAGGCAAAAGUCUAAAUCGACUCCAAAAUUGUUCCUUAGUUUUCACGUGUUUACGUUCUAAAGUUUACGCUGUCUUAUUCCCGUAGUUGCUAUUAUACGCACCGUAAGGCCAUAUGAUCCACAAAACCAAAAUCCGGAGUGCAUCCAGGUUAAUUCACAUCAAUUUGUAAGGACUUAACUUUUGUUUUUCUUGGCCUCUAAAUUAUGGAAAUGCAGAGUAGUGGAAAAGGUGGAAGAGGGAGGCGAAGUGGGAACCGAGGCAGGGAGGACACGCCAGAUGCGCGUUUAUCGAAAUCAAUGACAUAUGCGCUGCGGCACGGAGCAAGUAAAAUGGGGCUGCACAUGAACUCGGAUGGCUUUGUGUUUGUGGAUGAUCUCAUCUCACAUCCCCAGUUUCAGUCAUUCUCGCUGGAAGAUGUGGAGAGGGUGGUGGCCAACAAUGACAAGCAGAGGUUCAAACUGCGCAGGCACCCAGAGAACGGGCGUCUGCAGAUAAGAGCCAAUCAGGGCCACUCAGUACAAGUGGCAGAUCUGGAGCUGAGAGCAGUGCACCCUGAAGCUCAGGACUUCCCACAGGAGGGAAUCCAUGGCUCCUACCUGAAACACUGGCCCUCCAUCCGCAACCAGGGCCUGAGCAGGAUGGGCAGAACACACAUACAUCUGGCACCUGGACUGCCAGGAGAACAGGGAGUUAUUAGCGGUAUGAGGAAAAACUGUGAAUUGGCCAUUUACAUUGAUGUCCCUAAAGCCAUAUCAGACGGCAUCCCGUUUUUCUGGUCAGAGAAUGGAGUCUUACUGACACCUGGUGACUCGGAGGGAAAACUUGCUCCCUGUUACUUCCGUAGAGCUGUGCAGCUCAAGCCCUCUCAGUGUGAACUGCAGCUGGAGUAGCUGGUCCUUGACAUAAAUGGAGCCAUAUGACUGCUUCAGCGGCUUUUCACACAGUGGUUAGACUCGUCCCACCGUUACCAAGACAACUGCUGCAUUUUUAAAAGUGACAAAACCACAAACACCUAUCUGAUCAACAUCCCCUGUUGAAAAGGCAGGUUUUACCUUUCAGCACAACUCCAGAUACCAUGGCCUUCUGGCCUUACACAGAUACUUACAUAACUUGAGUAACAUAACAACAAUGAAUGACCCAAAUCUGUAUUAGGCAAGUGUUAUCAAACCGGAGGCAGAUGCUAACCGUUAUUUUGGUUAACCGAAAGUAUAAGCAUGUGUGUUAUAGAUAGGAACACGCGUGCGCUUAUAAACCACCACCAAGUACUUAUGAGUGCCUCUGCAGACCAAGUCAGUGGUUUCCUGACUUGUCACUCAAACAAUUGAGUUUGUCGUUUGUGUUCUGUCCUUAGUCAACUGUGUUGUUCUAAGUGUAACAAAGGUUUUUUUAAAAGCAACAAUGUGUCCUGCUUUUCAUGGACAUGCUGUUUAUUUGAAAAGGUAAAUUGUCAGCCUAUGAAAAUGAUGUGCAGUGUGAAUUGGGUGAAAUUCAAGAUAAGAUAUUGUGUUUGAUGUCCAUUUUAGGCACCUGUUAUACUUCCUUUUUUGAGUUCCUGAAAUAUAUGAAAAUCUGGGUGUGACCAUUUCCAUCUGCAUAUAAGAAUACUGAUUCCUAAAUGAUGAAAUGUGUUGUGAGGCACAGUCCCUGCAGCAUUCCGUUACCAGAGUUAAGUUCAAGUAGCCUACUGUUCCUUUCUGGUGCUCAUGUGUUGGUUCAUAUUUCAUGAUAGGGUAUUGUGUUGUUAUGUUGUUAUAUUACAAAAAGUAGGAAGGAAUAUAUCAAGUGGAAAUUUUGUUUCAAACCUAAGUAUAUAAUACAUUAUUUAUUUUUAAGUUGUUAGUGAUAUGAGCAAUAAAGAUGAUUUGUUUUCAUAACAAACCACAGUGGCAUACAGCUCACACAGCCUGUGUGAGUUGUUCAUGGAAUGCAAGUGUAGCCUAUAGCUGUUUAUGUGAAAAGAGUUUGAAGUGAUAAAUACUCCACAGUUCUCCACUGUCUUUAGAGGGCUUCAUGGCCUCCAGUGAGUUUGUGGAAGAGCUCUUCAUUCAGGGUGUCGCUCUGGUCACGACCACGAGUGGACAUGAAGAUGUAUCCGCCGAUGUACUCAUGGACAAUCUUGCAGUUAGCAUUCACGCAGCCAAAUGCGAUGUUUAUAUGUCCAUCAAACUCAAUGGCCACCUGAUCAUAGAGAAGGCAGACAGUGAGUACCAGGCAUGAAUGGCAUCUGAUAUUUCAGCAAAUAAAUAUUGACCAUUUGUUA